AUGCAAUUGUCCCUCACCCUUCUUCUCGGCCUUGUAGCCGCUGCCUCGGCCGGCGUUGUCAACACAGGGAGAGCCCGCACCGUCCCACGUGAGGCCGUCCUGAUGAGUCGCCAGAACGGCAACCGCCCUGCGCCCAGCGGCACAUGCUGUGUCGCCAACACAAAUCUGAAGCAGGACGCCUGCACCAGCGCCUCCGGCCAGGCCGGUCGCUGCGUGCCUGGUGGAAAUAACUGCGGCGGUGCUCUGAGCUGCGUCGAGCAGUCGAACCUCGUGUGCGAUGCGAAUGUUGUUGAACGAGGAAAUACGCUGUGCCGUGCCAAAGCUCCUGGGGGUGGGCUUUUUGACGGCGCGAAUAUCAUCCAAAAUCUCUCUCAAGCGACGGUCAAUUAG